AUGUCGACGUCGACAGCAGACCUUCAGGCGAGCUUGGAUCGAUGGUCGGCUCGACUGACAUCGUUGCCCAGCAUCGCCCUCCCUACCGACUAUCCAAGACCAGCAACCUCACAACUCGUUCAGGCUCUUGCCUCGUCCACCCUCUCUUCCGCAACACGAAAGGACCUUGUUCGACUCGCAUUCCACCACGAGCUCGAUCUCCACCCUGCCGAGCAUGCUGACGACCAGGAUGACGACAAUGCCAGCCCGACCCCGUUCCACCUGCUCCUUGCCGCGUUCUGCGUGCUCCUUCACCGCUACACGGGUGAUACCGACCUUGUCAUCGGCUCAUCAAAUCCCUAUACGGGUGAGCCUUUGAUUCUCAGGAUCCCCAUUGAGCCAAACGAUCCAUUCUGGCAGAUCGUACGACGCAUCCAGCAGGUCGAAAAGGAGGCUGCCGCCGAUGCUAUCCCCUACGACGAGAUCGUCAAGCGUGUCGAAGCGGAGCGCGCCGAGCGCGAAGGGCCCCUCCCCGAAGGUGUCCAGAGCGCUCCCAUCUUCCGUGUGCGCUUUUUUGAUGAGACAGGCGGCAAGGCUCGCAAUUUCAUGCAGUCCACCUCGCUCACCACCGAUCUCACCGUCUUCUUGACCAAGCCAGGUGCCACGCCCGGCGACGAUCCCGUUCCCCAGGCCACCACACCGGGUGGAGCAAGCGCAACCGCCACCUUCCACGACUCGCUCGUGCCCAACAUCGCCGUGCACCUUUCGUACAACUCGUUGAUUUUUUCGUCGCAGCGCAUGCAGCUUGUCCUAGCCCAACUCUCGCAGCUCAUCUCUGUCGCUGCCGCCAACCCUGCUUCGCCGGUAGGCAGCCUUCCUAUCCGGACUUCGCAGGAGAAUGGCUUCCUUCCCGACCCCACCAAGGAUCUCGAGUGGUGUGGCUGGAGAGGUGCCAUCACGCAGAUCUUUGAACGCAACGCACGCGCUCAUCCAGACCGAAGAUGCAUUGUCGAGUCGCUUUCCGACGAAGCAGGUUCGCUGUCCGAACCUGCGGCACCAGCGAGCCGUGUUCGUGAGAUCACGUACGCUCAGUUGGAUCGCGCCUCCAACGUUGUUGCCCACCACCUUCUGCAAGCAGGCGUCCAGCGCGAGGAAGUCGUCACCACGUACGCCCAUCGUGGCGUCGAUCUCGUCGUUGCGGUACUGGGUACUCUCAAAGCAGGCGCCACCUUCAGCGUCAUCGACCCCGCUUAUCCACCCUCUCGUCAGAACGUCUACUUACAGGUCGCCAAGCCACGUGCACUCAUCGUGCUCGCCAAGGCGGGGACCUUGCAACCAUCUGUGCGCAAGUGUAUCCAGGAUGAGCUCGAGCUCCGCACCGAGAUUCCCGCUCUCGAACUCCUCGAUGACGGCUCGGUUCGAGGUGGCGCAUCGACGCAGGGAGGCGCUGACACUCUCGAUGCCCAGCAGUCCUUGGCCGGCGAGAGCACCAACGUCAUUCUGGGUCCAGACAGCGUCGGCACCCUUUCCUUCACUUCGGGUUCGACGGGUAUUCCCAAGGGUGUCAAAGGGCGCCACUUCUCCCUUACCCACUUCUUCCCAUGGAUGGGCGAGCGCUUCGGUCUGGGUGCGCACGAGCGAUUCACUAUGCUUUCCGGAAUCGCCCACGACCCUAUUCAGCGAGACAUUUUCACCCCGCUCUUCUUCGGUGCCGAGCUUCACAUUCCUACCUCCGAGGACAUUGGCACACCGGGUCGUCUUGCCGAGUGGAUGGCUGCCACCAAGGCGACUGUGACGCAUCUGACGCCGGCCAUGGGCCAGUUGCUCAGCGCUCAGGCUACCGCUCUGAUCCCUUCGCUCCGCAACGCAUUCUUCGUCGGCGAUGUUCUCACCAAGCGUGACUGCACUCGCCUGCAAGCCCUCGCCGCCAACGUCUGCAUCAUCAACAUGUACGGCACCACCGAAACUCAACGUGCCGUCAGCUACUUUGCCAUUCCUCCCGUCAGCACCUCGACGACCUUCCUCCAGACUCAGAAGGACAUCAUGCCCGCCGGUCAGGGUAUGAUCAACGUGCAGCUCCUCGUCGUCAACCGCAACGAACGCACUGCCACGUGUGCGGUGGGAGAAGUGGGUGAGAUCUACGUGCGCAGCGGUGGUCUAGCUGAAGGCUACCUCGGACCACCCGAGGUGACUGCCGAGAAGUUCAUGCCCAACUUCCUCGCUCCCAACCUCAGCUUCCCUGACACCAUCAAGGAUAAGCCCGAGGGUCAGUUCUGGAAGGGUAUCCGCGACCGCAUGUACAAGACCGGCGAUUUAGGGCGAUACCUCCCGGACGGCACGGUCGAAUGCACAGGUCGUGCGGACGACCAGAUCAAGAUUCGCGGUUUCCGUAUCGAGCUUGGUGAAAUCGACACCCAUCUUUCGCGUCACCCGCACGUUCGCGAGAAUGUCACCUUGGUCCGCCGUGACAAGGACGAAGAGAAGGUGCUUGUUUCGUACUUUGUGCCCGGACCUGGCGCUGCCGAGUUCGAAGAGCUCGUCACCGAGGACGACGAGGCGAGCAUCGCUGCCGCUGGCGGCAAGGCUGCCCGCGACGCCAUGUUGGUCAAGGGCAUGCGACGCUACCGCACGCUCAUCAAGGACAUCCGCGACCAUCUCAAGAGGAAGCUUCCUGCCUAUUCGGUGCCUACGCUGUUCGUCCCGCUCAACAAGAUGCCGCUAAACCCGAACGGCAAGAUCGACAAGCCGGCACUUCCUUUCCCUGAUACUGCCAUGGUCGCAGCCGCUGGAUCAAGCAGUUCCGCAGCUAGGGAUGGUGCCGAUGCAGCCGCCGCGCUGGCUGCUGCCACGCCAACGGAGCGAUCCGUUGUCGAGCUCUGGGCGCGACUCCUGCCCAAUGCUCCUUCGCCCAUUCCGCUCGACGAGAGCUUCUUUGACCUCGGUGGUCAUUCGAUCCUUGCCACUCGACUAGUCUUCGAGAUGCGCAAGCAGUUUGUGAUCAACGUGCCGCUCGGUGUGGUCUUUGAUGCACCCACCGUGCGCGGCCUCGCCAAGGCGGUGGACCAGCUGCGGCAGGCUGAUCUCGGCCUCGGUACGACCCAGAACAGCGGCGCUGCUGGCUCAGCCAAGCCAUCCGAAGAGUCCAGCUUGGACGAAAACUAUGGCGCCGACGUUGCGACACUGACGCCGAGUUUGCCCGACUCCUUUACCGGAAACAAGGUUAGAAGUGCGUCAGAAGGGCCCCGCACGGUUUUGGUCACUGGUGUUACCGGUUUCCUCGGCGCCUUCAUUCUUUACGAUCUGCUGACGAAGCGCUCGUCCAGCGUCGCCAAGGUGUAUGCGCACGUUCGAGCCAAGGACGAAUCGAACGCGCUCGAGCGUCUUCGCGAAGGGUGCAAGGGUCGAGGCAUUUGGGACGACCGCUGGGUAAGCGAGGGCAAGCUCGAGGUGGUGCUUGGAGAUCUCGCCGCACCUCAGCGUCUGGGCAUGUCCGAGCAAAUGUAUGCCAAGCUUGCGGACGAAGUGGACGACAUCCUGCACAAUGGCGCGCUCGUUCACUGGGUGUACCCUUACAGCAAGCUGCGUGCUGCCAACGUCGGAUCGACAAUUUGUGCCAUCAAGCUUUGCAACGCCGGCAAGAAGGCCAAGACGUUGACUUUCGUCUCGAGCACUUCGGCGCUCGACACGGAUCAUUACAUUCACCUGUCCGACUCGAUUGUUCACGGCCAGGACCCUGCGCAGGCCGGCUCGGCAGCGCAACUGCACGGUGUUCCUGAGACGGACGACAUCGAAGCCAACGCCAAGGGGCUCACCACAGGUUACGGACAGUCCAAGUGGGUGGCUGAGAAGCUGAUCAUGAUUGCAGCUUCGCGCGGUCUCAAGGCCUCCAUUGUGCGACCGGGCUAUGUCGUGGGCGACUCCAAGUCGGCGGUGACCAACACAGACGACUUCCUGUGGCGUCUCGUCAAGGGCUCGAUCCAGCUCGGCCUGAUUCCCGACAUGCACAACUCGAUCAACAUGGUACCCGUCGACCAUGUGGCUCGCAUCGCCACGUUGGCCUGCCUCAACAAUGCCAAGGAGCUAGAGACGAUCAACAAGACGCCUGGCACGAACGCCAAGGUGUUCCACGUGACCAACCACCCGAGCAUCCGAUUCAACGACAUGCUCGGACAGCUGAGCCGCUACGGCUGGAAGGUGGAGCAGACCGAGUACGUCCACUGGCGAGCAAGGUUGGAGGAGCACGUGCUGAGCAGCGGAUCCGGCUCUGUGGAGGACAAUGCGCUGUUCCCGCUCCUGCACUUUGUCCUCGACGACCUGCCGACGUCGACCAAGUCACCAGAGCUCGACGAUCGCCACACACAGGCCAUCCUGGAUGCGGCCUUGGAGGGUAAAGCCCAGGGUACAGUGAUGGGCGUCGACCGAUCGCUGGUCGGAACGUACCUUGCAUGGCUGCUUGCAGUUGGAUUCUUGCCAGCUCCUUCGUCGAGUGACGCUGAGCCUCUGCCCAAGCUGGCCAACAUCGGUGCGGAGAUGAAGGCGAUCGGACGUGGGUCUGCCAACUAG